GGAGCUGGUGUAACGGUAACGUUAAUGUCAUGGAAUAUAACAUUCUACACAAUCUGGCAAAUGGUGGAGAUGCAUGAAAUGAUACCAGGCAAGAGAUUCGACAGGUACCAUGAGCUUGGCCAAUAUGCUUUUGGUGAUAAACUUGGUCUCUGGAUUGUUGUACCCCAACAAAUUAUAGUUGAAGUUAGCACUUGCAUUAUUUACAUGGUCACUGGUGGCAAAUCCUUGAAAAAAUUCCAAGAAAUUCUUUUCCCAAAUGCCAAACCUAUCAAACUCACUUACUUCAUUAUGAUUUUCUCCUCUUUCCAAUUUGUCCUCUCUCACUUGCCAAAUUUCAACUCCAUCUCUUCUGUCUCCUUCGUAGCGGCGAUUUUGUCCAUGACUUACUCUGCUAUAGCAUGGACUGUGUCACUAAAGGAAUUAGGAAAAAGUGAGAGAGAAGUUAGUUAUGGUCCAAAAAGUGAAAAAAUAUCAGAUAAUGUGUUUAUGUUUCUGAGUCCAUUAGGAAAUGUAGCAUUUGCAUAUGCUGGACAUAAUGUAGUUCUUGAAAUUCAAGCUACAAUUCCUUCAACAGAAGAUGCACCUUCAAAAAAAGCAAUGUGGAAAGGUGUAUUCACAGCUUAUAUUAUUGUGGCCUUGUGUUAUUUGCCAGUGGCUUUCAUUGGAUAUUGGGUGUUUGGUAAUGGAGUUGAUGAUAACAUCUUGCUCACACUACAUAGACCUACAUGGCUUAUUGCAACUGCUAACAUUUUUGUUGUCGCUCAUGUCAUUGGGAGUUACCAGGUAUCUUUCGCUAUUUUUAAUUACAGUCAGAGCUCUCUAUAA